AUGCUGUAAUUCAAGAGUUUAGAAGAACAAAUUCAAUACCAAGAAAAGAAUAUUGAGUACUUGUAACAACAAAACUUUGAUUUGCAAAACCAUAUCUCCUAAUUCUCUCAAUUUUAAUAGUUAGGAAUUACCAUUGAGGCAUUUCAAUCUUUGUAGAAUAAUAGCAAAGAGCAAUCACAACAAAUUAAACAAUUGCAAAAAGAGAAUGGCAAUCUACUUAAAUAGAUUCAAAACAAUCAAGUGAAAUAUUAUGAUAAAACAUUAUCAAAACUGUAAUAAGAAAAUGUGAAAUUGAAGAAUGAGAUCAGAUAAUUACGUCAAAGGAUUUCAUCGCCAUCCAAACUUGAUAAGUCAAUUGUUUAGUACAGCACACCUUAAAAGUUACUUAAUCCUAGUGCUAUACUCAAAUCCACAAAAGAUCAUCCAAAAGAUGUGUCAAGUUUGCUAUUUAUUAAGGGGUCUCAAAACUUUAAGUCUCCUUAUGUCGAUAUCAUUAAAGGAAAAUACGAAAACAUCAAAGUAAUCAAAUAGCUGAAAUCAGGAUUAGAGCAAUCUUAUUUCGACACAUAUCACUUUGACGUUGUAAGUCAAGAUCUCUAAUACUCACUCCAAUAAUUGGAUAGAUAGCACAGUAUCCAUUAGGGCAAAGGGCUUCUGCUAUCCAAUUAAUUAUGUUUGAUCUUUGGGGCUUCGAGAACAAAUAAAAAGCAUUUCCUCAUCUAAUACCUAGAUACUUUACUAGGUUAAGUAAAGCAACAGUUCGAAAUCUUUUAACAGAAUGAGGAUUAUUAAUAAUUGAUUGUGAAGAUUGUAUAUGAAGAAUUAUUUAAUGGUUCAGCCAAGCAUCCAAGUGAAAGUGAAAUACUAUUCAAUAAAGAGUAAAAUAAGAGAGAUAAUGAAAACAAAUUCAGAGAGAUUGAAUUGUCGAUCUCAAAAUUGAGAUUAAUCAUUCUCAACAAACUCAAAAUGACGAUAAAGGAUAAUAGUAAGAAGUAUGUGAAAAUAAGAAAACUGUAUAUAGAAACGGAGUUGUAAUUCAAUAAGGAAACUCAAUUAAAUAAGUUUAUAGUUUUUACAUCCAAUUAAAAUUUGAAUCAAAAAUAGUUUUAAAAUGCAGAGGAAGGCUUAAAUGAAACUCUGGCCAUGAAGGACAAAGGAAGGGAAUUGACAUAGAUUCUAAGAUGGCCAUAAUUACAAAUUUCUUUAGUGUUAUGUGUUCAUCCCACAAUUCCAGACUAUUCUUUUACUAUAAAUACAUUUUAGCUAUGCAAAUUUAUUAGGAAUUUAAAACUAGUAUCUGAUUCUCCUUAAGGUUCUGAUAAAUUUUAAUAAAUUUUGGAGAAUAACAAUAAAUCUCUUGAAUAAAAGAUAAAAAAAUUGAGAGAUAAAAUCAAGAACUUGGAAUCUGAAAAUUACAGAGUUAAAAAGUAAAGUGUAAUCUUAGAAGCAGAGAAUGAGGAGGCAGUUGAUAAGAAUAGAAAAUUGAAAUAGCAGUUGAUAAAUUUAACAGGUUCUCUGUAGCAACUGCAAAUGAAUUUUUAACAGUAGAUUUCUGCAAAGAAAUCCUUAUCUUUAUCUAAAACCAAAAGUGCCAUUGUAGCUGAUAGUAAAACAAUACAAACUCUUGAGAAGGCUUCAAAAAGCAUAUCGGUUUUAUUGUCUUAGGGCAGCAAGAGUGAUUUGAGUGUGAGUCCUUCCAAAGUUCAUAAGACUGUACCUUCAGAUUUACUAAUUCCGAAUUUCUAGGAGGAUCCUGAUGACGAAGAAGAAUACUAGGAGGAAGGAGAGGAUGGUUAGGAGGACGAAGACUAGGUGGAUGAUGAGGAUGAUUAGAAUGCAGAUUCAUAGUAGCCAUCUGAAGUGGAUGAAUCAGAAGGAGUCGUCGAUAUCUAUGAUAUGAGUGAUGUGUAUUCGUUUUUUGAAUAUUUUAAUUAAAUGAAGAUCAUUUUGUUGGUUUUCUUGAUUGGGGCUACAUUUGCUAGAGACGAAGGCUUUUUUGCUUAAUUAAGGAAUAGUGAUUUUGGAAAGACCAUCAUCUAAACACUUUAAGUUUAAUUGUCUCAAGAUCAUCCAGCAGACGCAGUUGUUCAUCUCUUGAAAUAGAUGAAAGAUGAUCUAAACAAUGAAUAAAGAGUUGAGGAUGAAGGGAUAACUGGACAAUUGAAAACAUGUUAAGAUGCUUCAAGUGCUGCAGCUGCUGUAUUAACUAUUGCCAAGGAACGUAAAGCUACAUCAGAGGAAAGACUACCCUUACUCUAAUAAGAAUAAAAUGAUAAGAAACAAUAAUUGUUUGAUAAGUAAGGAGAGGAAUAGAGAAACUUGGAUAGAAUAUCAGUAUUAUAAGAAGCUAGAAAUGUUUAAAGACAAGAAUUUGAGUAAAGAAGAGAUGAGUUGGUGGGUUUAGUUUCUGCACUUCAAGAAGCAAAGAAAAUCUUGUCUUAAGGAAUCGGAGCUUUGAAAAAGAAUAGUUUUGCUGAACUUAAGAAUCAUCAUCAAAACUUUUUAAAAUAUUUCCCAAAUAAGAAAGGUUUCCAUAGUAUGGUUAAUGUGCUAUUGACUGUUUUAUAAGAAGAAGGUACACAAGAGAAUGCUGCUUAGAAGGUUGUGAAAAUCAUUGAUACUCUUGUUGACAGCAUCUUUUAGGUUCAAAAAGAGGAAAUGAGAGCAGAUGAUGCUAGAGAAUUAGACUUCUUAACAUAAAAAGAGAGAUUGCUUUUGGCUAAUAGGAGGUUGUCUGGCAGUGUGGCUGAUUUGAAUGCAGCUAAUGAGAGAAUUGGAUAAAAAAUAUUAGAAAUCAAGAAUGACAUCUCAAUUCAAGAUUCUAUUAUUUUCAAUAAGUCUACUGAAUAGGCCGAUUGGGAUUAGACUUGCAGUGAUACUGAUAAGGCACACAGAUAACAAACUGAAUAAAGAAAUGCUUAAUUAGAAAUAAUUGUAGAAUGCAUUGAUAUCUUUGAGACCAGAUUCGAUAUGGAAACAAAAAGCUACAUAUAACGCCUUAGAUUCUGAAUCAAAUAUAAUUGACACAAUAUAAAAGCAAUAAAAACGGAUUUCUAAUAAUAUUUA